AUGGCACCUUCUCUCGCGAGCGUUUGGACAACUUCCUUCCCUCCAAAGCCCACUUUCACCGAGAAAGAUGUCCCAGACCUCAAGGGAAAGGUCUAUCUCGUCACCGGUGCGAACACUGGCAUCGGAAAAGAAUUGUCUCGCAUGCUAUACUCUAAGAAUGGCAAGGUCUAUGUGACGGCACGUUCCGAAGAUAAGGUCAGCCAAGCAGUCAAAGACAUCCAGGCUGCGGUGCCCAAUUCAUCAGGUACACUCGUACCACUUGUCCUCGAUCUCUCAGACCUUAGCACCAUCAAGGCCUCUGCAGAAACGUUCACCGCUGCUGAGUCAAGGCUUCACGUCCUGUUCAACAAUGCCGGGUUCAUGGGGCCCGAGAACAAAGUGGAGCGAACAGUGCAGGGUUACGAGAAGCACUUUGGCGUGAACUGCUUGGGACCUUUCCUCUUCACGAAGUUGUUGACUCCAACAUUGAUUGCCACUGCACAAGACAAGACAACGGCACCCGGCACAGUUCGUGUCGUCUACCUAACUUCGGCUGCCGCCGACCUCUUCAGUGACAAGAACACCAUUGUCGACAUGGAUAACUUGGAUUUCCAUGUUGAAAAGAAUGCCAAAUACCUAUAUGGGGCCAGCAAGGCAGGCGACUGGAUCUAUGGAUUCGAAAUGUCCAGGCGCUAUAAGAAGGAGGGCAUCAUUGGGCUCGGUGUCAACCCUGGAAAUCUCAAAUCGGACCUCUUCCGCCAACAGGGAGCGGUGUUCAGGGCCUUGACAGGCCCGAUGAACUAUCCAGUUGUGAAUGGCGCAUACACUGAGCUGUGGGCAGGUCUGUCGCCAGAAGUCACCCUUGAAAAAGCAGGAAGCCUUGCCGCGACCAAGUCAAGUGCUGAGGGUGGCAAUGGAACCACGCAGAAAUUCUGGGAUUGGAGCGAAGAGCAAGUGAAAAAGUAUCUCUGA